AUGCUUAAGAGAACGAAAUGCAAUAUCUGUCUUGCUAGUUCUAUUGAGUACAUUCCAAAUGCAAGAGUUCCUCUGCUUAAAUACAUUAGUAGGCAACAUAAUAUUUCUUUUGAUGUCUCCGUUAAUAAUCAUCUUGGUGUAAUGAAGUCCAACGUUCUUAAAUGGCUAUCUGAAAUAGAUGACCGUUUCCGUGACAUGGUUUUAGUGUUGAAGGAGUGGGCUAAAGCACAAGAUAUUAAUGAUCCAAAGUCUGGGAGUUUAAGUUCCUAUGCCCUUUGUUUGUUGGUUAUAUUCCAUUUUCAGACCUGCGAACCACCAAUUUUCCCACCACUGCGAGCAAUAAUUAAUGAAGAAAGAAUUUCUGAUCGAGGUAUAUAUCUUCUAGAGCCUUGA